UUUGGACCUGUUAUCUGCUGGUUUGAUCGAGGUAUUGUAUUUUCACAAGCAGCAUCUUGUCAAGUAACACUGAAGAGAUAAACUCUUCAAACAGCCUUUGACCUCUCGUGUUAGUUGUUGUUCCAGCAGUUAUAAAUAGAAAAGUAUGUUUUAGUUUCUUUUUAAUUCAGAGGCAGUUCUUGCUCUGAGAGGUGCAGUUGAAGACGUCUUCGGGUUUCCACCAAGCCGUUUCUGACAGCUCUUCAGCCAUGGGUGAAUGGGGCUUCCUCGGCGGCCUUUUCGACAACCUUCAGGCCCACUCGCCGAUGCUCGGCCGCUUCUGGCUCCUUCUCAUGCUGGUGUUUCGGAUCCUGAUCCUGGGGACCGUGGCCAGUGACCUGUUUGAGGACGAGCAGGAGGAGUUUGCCUGCAACACCCUCCAGCCGGGCUGCAAGCAGGUGUGUUACGACAUGGCCUUCCCCAUCUCCCAGUACAGGUUCUGGGUCUUUCACAUAGUCCUCAUCGCUACACCUUCCAUGCUUUUCCUCAUGUACGCACAACAUCAUCACAACAAGAGAAGCAGACGCUCCAAAGGCAGCCAGAGUAGCAGACAGGACUACAGAGAAGAUGCCCAUUUCAGGAGGCUGUACAUUGUGAACGUGAUCUUUCGGAUCGUGGCCGAGAUGGGCUUCUUGGUGGGCCAGUGGCAGCUCUACGGCUUCAAGGUGGAGGCACAGUUCCCCUGUAGCCGCUUCCCUUGCCCCUACACGGUGGACUGCUUCACCUCUAGACCUGCUGAGAAAACGGUCUUCCUCUGCUUCUACUUCAUUGUAGGGGUGGUAUCGGCAGUUUCCAGCUGCAUUGAGCUAUUCCACAGCUCCAUUAAAUGGUUCUGCACCAAGCGGGAUCCGCUCACCCCUGAGCGCUCCUGCACCUGCCAGAAUCUCCACAACCUGMAACAAUCCGAGCUGGAGGGGAAACCAGCAGGACCGACAUCAGACAGCACUGCCAGCAGUGGGAAACUGAAGGGUGGGUCGCUGAGAGGCAGCAGGAAAGCAUCCAGCUUUAGCCACAAAUACAAGGGUGGCCGAUAUGUCAGCACCAAAACACUCAUGGUGUGAAAGACUCAAACCUCUUAACCCAAAACUGACUAUUUUUGGAAUUUUACACCAUUUAAGGAGGUUUGCCUGGUGGGAGACGCAAUAAGGAAAUGUUUGGAGCAGGAUGAGGAAAUGAGCAAAGACGAGACUGAUAAGGAAAACCAUGUUUUGCUGCUUCUGAUGAUGAACCGUUCCUGAAAAUAAACAGGCGAUUAGAACUCAGGAAUACACUUGAACUUGUUUAACACAUCACA